AUGUCCGAAGGCACCCAUAGCAGGUUAGCAGUCCGGAUCAAGAUAGAACCAAAGGCAGUAGUCCACUGCGGUCUGGGGAUCACUUCAAGCAUCAAGUCAACACACUGGACACUCGUGUUGACACCACCAACCUUAUCACCAACACCAUCAACCUCAUUAUCAUCAACACCCACCAACCUUAUCACCAACAUCAUCAACCUCAUCAUCAUCAACACUCACACCAGACCUUGGUGUCAUCAUAACAUUGAUAUUGAUCAUGCCGAGCUACCCCUGAACGGAGUGUCCACAGAGCUGUCGCACAGUUUGAUAGUCACCGAGUAUCUCGACAGACCGACCUGGGUUUCAGGCGCGAGACCCCUGACACUCGCUACAGAAGACAACUUAUUACCGAUUUCGCCGAAGUCGGUAGUAACGGGCCCCUAUGACAAGGGAACGACAUGUCCAACCAUACAUGGUAACGAAUAUGUUUCAGCAGCAAGUCUGAUACAGGCAGCCCUUGAAGAUGGACCCAUCGGGGUCAUACUCUUGGACCUCCCACCAUCAUCGCUCCCAGCUUUUGGUUUUGUACCUACUGGCGAUGACAAGGGAAUAGAAAUGGAAGUCGAGAUUGAUAAGGAGGUAUCGGUGGAAGAAAUACUGGUGCCAUAUCAACAUCUUUGGGACAUGUUUGAUGAGGUAGAAGCAGAUAAGCUGCCCCACCAUACCAAACAUGACCUCCAUCUUGAGUUAAUGGAGGAUAGUAAGCCACCCCAGGGUCCGCUGUAUCUCAAGGGACCCAAGGAGAUGGCUGAGUUAUGGAAGUACCUGGAUGAGAACCUCGCAAAGGGGUUCAUAUGGCCCUCAAAGAGCCCGGCAAGAUCACCAGUGCUCUUCGUACCCAAGAAGGAUGGAGGUCUCAGACUAUGCGUGGACUAUCGUGGCUUGAAUGAGAUCACCCUCAAGAAUCAGGCGCUGUUGCCCCUCAUUGAGGAACAGCUAUUCCUACUUCGGAAGGCAAAGGUCUAUAUGAAACUAGACUUGCGAGCGGCCUACAAUCUCAUUUGCAUAGCAAAAGGAGAUGAAUGGAAGACUGCAUUUGGCACACAGUUGGGACUCUAUGAGUACCUGGUAAUGCCCUUCGGCCUGGCAAAUGCGCCAGCUCAUUUCCAGUCCUUCAUCAAUCACAUCUUCCAGGACAUCAUUGGAGUUUAUGUGGUGGUGUACUUAGAUGACUUCCUCAUCUUCAGCAGUAUGGACAAUCGACUUUUUGCCAAGCUGUCCAAGUCUCACUUCGCACGAAUCGCCAAGCUGUUAACAUCACUGGUGAAACCAACGGAAUGCUUCAAGAAGUUUGAGCUACCAGAAGAGGCUCAACAAGCCUUUCACAAGCUCGUACAAGCGUUCAUGACAGCUGGAGUGCUUCAGCAUUUUAACUACCACCUUCCCACGAGGCUGGAGACAGAUGCAAGUGAUUUCGCCAUUGCCGGGGUGCUCAAACAAGAGCAUGAAGGAUGUUGGCAUCUGGUAGCAUUCUACUCCAGGAAGAUGUCCUCGGCUGAAAAGAACUAUGAAAUUCAUGAUAAAGAACUUCUAGCAGUGUAUCACCCAGGAGACAAGGGAGGCAAACCUGAUGCCCUCACUAGACGAAUUGACAUGCAACCAAUCGGUGAAGAACAGGAACACAAUGUGCAGCAACUGCUGCCUUCUCAGGUGUUCGAAAAGGUGGAAUCUGGCAUUGAAAUAGGAAGUGGGUUACGACAGAUUCCAGCGGAAAAUGUAAUAACAAGCACAAUACUACCGAUUUCAGUGGAAUCGGUCUCACCAACAGACUUAGAGAAUGAGUCUGUAUUGGCGGCUCCCAUGCUCACGAUGGAUACCAUAGCAACGAAAGGACUCAGGGACCUGACCAAGAUUUUUCAGCCUUUGGACCCAGAGCUACAGGAGAUACAUGCCAAGAAGCCGUUCGAGACCAAAGAUGACUUAUGGCAUAGUGGGGGAAGAUUGGUUCUACCAAAGGUAACAAUGCCUGGACGAACCAAUGACCGCCAGUCACGAAGUGCUCAGGAAGUGGAUGGCCAAUCCCUCUCUGUCGAACAUCUACAGUUCAUGGUCAUGACCCAAUGCCAUGAUGGCAUCACCGCCGGUCAUGUGGGACGAGAUGCCACCAUCAGAGCGGCCCAGAGGCACUAUUGGUGGCCCAACAUGACAGCUUGGAUUGCUGACUAUGUUGCAAGCUGCCCUGUCUGUGCUAGGUACAAAGCCCCUCGCCAUCAUCCAUAUGGCUUGCUCCAACUGCUCACCACACCAGACAGACCAUGGGGUUCAGUAUCAUUGGACUUCAUUGAGGGCCUUCCAGUGUCAAAGGGGUUUGAUUCCAUCCUGGUCAUUGUCGAUAGACUGACCAAGUAUGCUAUCUUGGCACCAACUCAUAAGACAGUCAUGGCGACACAAACUGCUGUACUACUUUGGAGGUACAUGUUCAUUUCAAAGGCAUGGAAAGCGUUCACUAAGGGCAUAAGUGCUAAGCACUCCCUCAGCACAGCUUAUCAUCCACAGACUGAUGGACAAACUGAGAGGGUCAACCAGGUGGUAGAGCAGUACUUGAGAAUGUAUUGCAACUAUGAGCAGAACGAUUGGGCUGAGCUGCUCAAGACAGCAGCAUUUGUGUAUAACAACACAGUCCACAAUAGUAUCAGCAUCUCACUGUUCUUCACUUGUUAUGGUUGGAACCUGAAGGCUCACCCUGACAUUCCUCAGUGGCUGGGAGUCAACGACCCAGAUCGUUCAGAGUUCCUAGUCGAUGGAAAAGAGUGCUGCAAGUACCUCCAGGACCAGAUUAGGGAAGCACAACAUUGCACAGUGGAACAGUACAACCGAAAACACAAAGACAUCGAGUUUAAGGUGGGCGAUAUGGUUUACAUCAAUCACCGAAACUGGAAAACCAGAUGA